AAGAGAUGGUGCUGCAAGUUAAAUACCAAGAAAGAUUUAAGCUAUAAUUUUUUAGAAAUUAUGUAAAGAAAUAUAAAAAUAUAUAAAAAUUAAAGAUUGAUAUUUCUAAUGAAAUAUAAAAUUCUAUAAGAUUAUUAUAUUAAUAAAUUAAAAUUUAAAUUGCAGAAAAUGUAAUAAAACUUCGAAUACGUAAUUUUACUACAAUAUUCUGUGGAAUUAUAUGAUGUCUUGGCAUCUUGUUUAAUCAAUAUAAAAUAUAUAAAAAGCUUAUAUCAUGCUAUUAACCAGAGGUACAAUAAAACAAAGUGUUUUUAGAAUUUUAUCGUAUGAUUUAGUAAAAAGCAUUAUAAAUAAAUGUUUAAUACAAGAAAUCAACGUAAAAUGCCAAGCAAAUAUAGGUUAUCAUAUGCUACAUUUUAAAAAGUAUUUAAAUAUAAGUAAAGAUUUAAAAAUAUUAAGUUACGAAUCAAUUGCUCAUAAUCAUUCUAGUAAUAAAAAUUUAUUCAUAAUCUUAAAUAAUAGUUUAUCUACACAAGAAUUAACAUCUGUACAAUUUGAAAAAGUUUCUGAUGAGACACUUACUUCUUUAACUGAAUAUUUUGAUGAAUUAGUAGAGCAAGCAAUACAUUUAUCGGAUGCAGAUGUAUCAUAUGGGGAUGGUGUAUUAACUGUUAAAUUUGGUGAUUCUCAUGGUACAUAUGUUAUAAAUCGUCAAAGUCCAAAUAGACAAAUUUGGUUAUCAUCUCCAAAAUCUGGUCCAAAACGAUAUGAUUUUAUAGAUGGUAAAUGGAUUUAUAAGUAUGAUGGAAAAACAUUACAUGAAUUACUCGAUGACGAAAUACCAGCAAUUAUAGGAGAUCAAACAAAUUUUAAUAAAUGUUCCUUUAGUGGAAAAUAAAAAGAAAUUACA